AAUCUGCAGUUGCUCUAAUAUAAACACAUAUUAUUGCUAAAUAAUAUUACAUAUAAAUUUAAUUAAUUCGUUUGUAUUGGAUAUUUUGUUAGAUGAACUCGUGCUUCAAUAACAGAAGAUUAAUACUUGUACAAAUUAUUUAAGCAAGAUUUAAUCGAACGUUUGUUUCUUUUUUUUGAUUAUGGAAGAAUUACUUGAAGUACAAAACAAUAACAUAACCAAUCAAAUUUCGCGCCCAACAUCUAAAGCAGGCUUAAUACUAAUUGGCAUUACAGGUGGAAUCGGUUUGGGACUAACUGUGAUCAGUAUUCCCUUUGUUAGUCCAGCAUUAAGAAAAAUAUGUUUGCCUUAUGUUCCUGCUACUAACCAGCAAUUAAAAAAUGUUUUACUAGCUUUGCGAGGAAGAUCUGGAACUGUUAUUGAUUUAGGAAGCGGUGAUGGUCGUUUGGUUUUAGCAGCAGCUAAGAAUAAUUUUAACGCUUAUGGAGUAGAACUGAACUUCUGGUUAGUGACAUACUCUAAACUUCUGGCUUAUUCCCAAGGACUUUCUUCAAAAGCUGUAUUUUACAGAGAGAAUCUUUGGAACUUAAAUUUGAGUAAAUAUGAUAAUGUAGUAUUAUUCGGAGUACAAUCGAUGAUGCAAGAAAUCGAAAGGAAAUUUAUUUCAGAAUUGAAGAAGGACUGUACAAUCGUUGUUUGUCGAUUUCCUCUACCAAAUUUAGUGCCUGUUAAAACAAUUGGACAUGGAGUCGAUCGUGUAUGGGUUUAUAAACCGUUAUGAAUUUAGAAUCAUAUUUUUUUCAUUAUUCAUGAUUACACGUAACACAUUGGAGUGUUAUUAUUCUAUGUAAUUUUUGUAAAUAAAAAAUCUUUACAUGCGUAA